CAAGUCCUCAUCAGCCAUCCCAAAUCCGAAAAUCCCCUGCCCGCGAAAUCGCAGAAUCACUACCUUCCUCCUUCUCCCAGACUCCAGCCAUUCCCUCCGCCGAAAUCGUCGCUGACGGCGGUCCUCCUAGUUCGGCCGUUCACUGACAGUGGCAGCCAGUCGCAAGUCUCCCUUCUCGUUGACGUCCUGCUUCGCCUUCAUCGUUCAUUAAAGUCCUGCUUCGCCUUCACCUCUCAAUCGCUCACACGGCAAGUUGCGAGUCUCCAUCCUCUCCUUGCUGACGUCCUGCUUCGCCUUCACCGGUCACGGAGUUAAUAAAUUGGUGUUCCGAAUUGUCCCAGAGAAUAUCAAUGCCGAGAAAAAGAAGGUCUUUAGGUAGACCUGACUCGUUAAGCUCCUUAAAAGCUGAGCUAGAAAAUAGGGAACUUAUCGAGUUGCCCUCAAGUUAUUGCAUCUACAGAGUGCCUCCAUUGAUUCGAAAAAUGAAUCCGACAGCCUACAAACCCAUGUCGGUUUCCAUUGGCCCAUAUCACCAUGGCGAUAAAAGAUUGAAAUCAAUGGAAGAGGUCAAAUUGUGGUUCCUCUGCAACUUUUUGAAGAGAAAUCAACAAAAAUCGUUUGAUGAUUAUGUUUGUGUCCUCAAACACAAAGAAAGCAAAAUUCGAAGCUGUUAUUCAGAUAACAUCUCAAUGGAGAGCGAUGAAUUUGUAAGGAUGGUUCUAACUGAUGCUUGCUUCAUUAUUGAAUACUUUCUUCUAAUGCUAGGUGUGGACAGCUCGCUUUCUAAGCUACCCUCAAUGGAGAUAAGAUCAGACUUAAUUUUAGCUGAAAAUCAGCUACCAUUUUUUAUUCUUGAAGAUCUGUUUGACCUGAAUUUUUCCAAUGGCUGCAAUGUUGGAUCUACAUUUGUGUUUUUUACCUUCUACUAUUUCAAAGGUGCAUUCCUAUCGGGUAUAGUUCCUAACGAAAAACUUCGUGAAGGGUUUACGUACUCAUAUUUUGAACAACACCACCUGCCGACACUUGAUGGUACUCCAAAAGUGGAUCACUUGUGUGAUAUGCUAAGAAUCUUUUGUGUACGGCUUGAUCAACUACCAAGGGAACCUAGUAUCGGCAAACUAAAGCCUGUAUAUAAUGCAAGUAAAUUAGAUGAUGCGGGAAUUAAAUUUGAGGUUAAUGAAGAUGAAAUGAGCAUACUUCGGCUGCAAUAUUCAAAGGGAGUGUUGAAAAUACCAAGAACGAGGGUAAGUGAUUUCACAGAGAUCCAGCUUAGAAAUGUGGUUGCAUUUGAGCAGUGUCACUUUCGUUCAUCAAGAAGCAUGACUGAUUACAUAAUGCUCUUGGGCCAUCUUAUUAGAACAGGAAAAGAUGUUGAAAUGCUUGAAGAAAAAGGGAUUAUAGAGAACUACAUAGGGGAGGAUGAUGCAGUGGCUUUCAUAACCAAGAGACUGAGCAGGAAUGCUACCCCUGUAAACUUCAAUAAUGAUUAUAUCUAUCUAUCAGAAGAAUUGAACAAGUUUUGUGAUAGCCCAUACCACAAGUACCAAGCAAUCUUUAAGCGGCAAUAUUGGAGCACUCCCUGGAGGAUAGCAUCUUUUUCAGGAGCAAUUCUGCUUCUUUUCCUCACUUUGAUCCAGACAAUAUCAUCUGUCAUUGCCUUAUUUCAGAAUUAGCUCCAAAGCUCUUAAACAUGGCUUUCAAAAUUCAAUCUCAGAGUGUUCUUCCAUUGGCUCUUGUUUUGCUGGGCAUGUUGGCAUUUCAAGCCUCAUCUCGCACCCUUCAAGAAGCUUCCAUGAAGGAGAGACAUGAGCAAUGGAUGGUUCGAUAUGGCAGAGUGUACAAGGACGCUCAGGAGAAGGAGAAGCGUUUCAACAUGUUGAAGCAAAAUGUGGAAUACAUUGAAGGCAUUAACAAUGCUAGAACUAAGCCUUACAAAUUAGGUGCGAAUCAAUUUGCAGAUCUCACAUGAAGAAUUCACAGCUUCUAGAAACAGA